UACACUGCCAAACAACCAAAGCAUCAUUCCUCGAAGCUCUGAAAGUUUUUUCUUUCUCAAAGUAUCAUCACAGUAAGUUGAGUUGAGUUGAGUUUGAUAACAACAACCGCGGCAGCAAUGAAUAUAUCUCAUAAUCUAACAUCAAUAAUCAUAAAGGAAAGAGAAAAGAAGGUGAUAAUGGAGAAUAAGUAAAGUUCAGGAGACAGGAGUGGCGACAUCAUCAGCUCCAUCUGCCUAUCUGAGAGCAAAGCCUCAUUCUAGAAUUAAUAUCAUUUUUACAAUUACACCCUAAAUAUUGCGUAAUUUCUUUUUAUGGGUAUUGAUGGCAGAUAGAGGAUCUAAGAGCGGUGUCUAAUGUCUAGAAUCGAAAGGAGCUUAUUUCUAGUAGUUGCCCACCUUCAGGUAGCCGGAAAUGAUUGAAUGGAAGCCAUAUAUAAUAUCCAGAAUCGUCUAUUUUGAGUUUCGCAACCACCAUCAACUCUUUUUCUUGGCAAGGGAUUUCUCUUUUUGGUAAGGCCAUUGUUGCAACUCUUUAAUGAAACCGAGAUAACAGUAGUAACUUUGGCAUUAAUUCUUGCUUUAUGGUAGCUGAAGGAUGGAAUUUCAGAAACUGAAAUUUUGUUUUUCUUCUAAAAAAAUUGGGGUUGCGGGUUCUUCCGUUCUUCUUUCUUUCUGAUGUUGCUGACAUGUGGUAAUGCGUCAGUGAAUUCACUAGAGGUAUCUCUAGAUUCUCUACUAGAUUACGUGUUGCUGACAUGUGGUCAUGCGUCACAAGGGAUACGAUUUCUCAAUAUAUAUAAACGAUAAAAGAAUCAGUAGGAGCAUACUAACAAGAGGAAAGGAAAGAAGAUCACAGAUCAAAGAUAUGGCAGAGGAACAAGGAUUUGUAGUUCCAAGAGUGAAACUGGGUAAUCGAGGAUUUGAGGUGUCAAAGUUAGGCUUUGGAUGUAUGGGGCUUACUGGCACGUACAGUGCUCCUGUCCCUGAAGAAGUUGGCAUUUCAAUCAUUCAGGAAGCAUUCAAAAGAGGAAUUACAUUUCUCGACACAGCUGACGUUUAUGGACCUCACACUAAUGAAGUCUUAGUUGGGAAGGCACUAAAGCAAUUGCCUAGAGAAAAGAUCCAGUUAGCUACGAAAUUUGGUAUUGUUAUCAAUAAAUCUGAUUUUGGAAGCGCUUCAAUUGAUGGCAGACCAGAAUAUGUUCGUGCAUGCUGUGAGGCUAGUCUAAAGCGUCUGGAUGUGGAAUAUAUUGAUCUCUACUAUCAACAUCGCAUCGACACUUCAGUACCAAUUGAGGAAACUAUGGGAGAGCUUAAGAAACUAGUGGAAGAAGGUAAAAUUAAGUACAUUGGAUUAUCUGAAGCAAGUCCUGAUACAAUAAGGAGAGCACAUGCAAUUCAUCCAAUCACUGCAGUGCAGAUGGAAUGGUCACUUUGGACUCGUGACAUUGAAGAAGAAAUAAUCCCACUUUGCAGGGAACUUGGAAUUGCAGUAGUGGCAUAUAGCCCUCUUGGUCGAGGCUUUUUUGGUGGAAGAGCAGUUGUGGAAAGUUUGCCUUCAGAGACUAAACUGAAAUCACAUCCAAGGUUCACAGAAGAAAAUAUUGAAAAGAACAAGGUACUUUACACUCGAGUGGAAAAUUUGGCUAAAAGAUAUGGAUGUACUCCUGCUCAGCUUGCCCUGGCUUGGGUUCUUAAUCAAGGGGAUGAUGUGGUUCCCAUCCCUGGGACAACGAAGGUGAAAAAUCUGAUAGACAAUAGGGAAGCAUUGAGAAUCAAGCUAACCAAAGAUGAGCUGAAGGAGAUCUCUGAUGCUGUCCCAGUCAAUGAAGUAGCUGGAGUUAGAUCUUUCAACUACAAGCAGACCUUUAAGUUUGCCAAUACACCACUGCCCAAAAAUGCCUAAGCAGCAAACUGAACAAUUAUGGAUGAGAUGAAUUUGCUUUUGAAUUGAAUAUUGUGGUGAAAAGCUGAAAAUGUAACAAACAAUAGUAGCUGCAUUGUUGAUUAUUGAAUUCAGCGAGGUGCUGUUCCUGUAAUCAUGUGGCAAAUUUGAUAAUUUCAUUGGCAGCAUACUGUCACAAUUUCUGUAUUAUUGUUGAUGAGGUAAUUCUAUCUGUUAAGAGACUA